AUGCUGUCGCGUAUUCUUUAUAAGGCUAUCCGGGGAUCGCGCUUCACGUAUGAGAAAAGCUCGUUCAAGAAUUUCAGGAGAUAUAUUGAGGGUGCUAACAAAGACGUAGCCGGCGAGGAUUUACUGUGCUACAUGCCUCAAAGCGAAGUUUUAGAGUUUGAUCACUUUGAUGACAAAGUCCAGAUGAUUUCGGUUACCAAAUGUGAUGGUCAGGAACCAACACAAGAAGCUUCUCUUUACUGUGUGUUCCAGGCUCUUAUGAAAGAACAAGGAUCUAAACGGGUAACUGGUGCGCUUUCUUACGACUUAAGAACGUUUGAGGGAUUUGAUGCUACCAACGUGCUUGGCGACGUUCACACAAAAAUUCCUUUCUUUUCGGAAACCGGGGAAGAUCUUGCUACGUUUCGCGAUAGAUUCGAUUCGUGUCUUGCCGUAUAUCGAAAGGGAAUUGAUCUUCGCUGGCUUGCAACGAGGAAGAUGGGUGCGCAUAAUGCACAAGUUCUUAGUACCCGGUGGAAUACCCUGAACUUCUCAGUAAACUAUUUAGGCAUGGCUCUCGAUCUUGAAGAUGUGCUUUUGAAUAUCAAGGGAAUAGACUUCGACUAUAAUUUCAUGAACAUGUUUACGUACCGAGAUUCGAUGGUUUGUGUAAUACGUCAGCGAAUUCUCAAAGACAGUUCCUAUGUGAUUCAGAGCAAAGGGGCAACCUAUUGUCUGCAAACAAGCAUUGAGUAG